AUGGACUUUUUCUAUAGCUUGAUUGGAGUUUCGUCAGUUAUAGUUCUUCUCAUCGGGGCAUGGAGAUUCUUGAAUUGGGCUUGGAUCACACCAAAGAAGAUGGAGAAAAGCCUCAGGCGGCAAGGUCUACAGGGAAACUCUUACAGGUUCUUGUUUGGAGACACCAGAGACAUAGGAAGGAUGCUUGAGGAGGUUAAGUCCAAACCAAUUUCUAUAACAGAUGAUAUCUUUCCCAGAAUCGUGCCCUUCAUCAAUGAAACAAUGCAACAUAAAGGUAAAAAUAGCUUUUUUUGGCUUGGACCAAGGCCGGCAAUGGUUAUCUUGGAUUCUGAACAAGUGAAGGAGGUCUUCACAAAAAAUUUUACUUAUCAGAAGCCUCGGGCAAAUCCAAUCAGUAAACUUCGAGCACUAGGACUUGCUAGCCUGGAUACAGAAAAAUGGGCCAAACACAGAAGAUUAUUGAAUCCUGCUUUUCAUGUAGAGAAAUUGAAGAACAUAAAAGCUGGAAGACUUACGCUUUUGAUUCUCCUUCACAUCCAGUACAUGGUGCCAGCAUUUUAUCUGAGUUGUAAUGAGAUGUUAAGCAAAUGGGAGAACCUUGCCCCAGCAGAAGGAUCUUUUGAAUUAGAUGUGUGGCCUUAUCUUCAAACAUUUACUAGUGAUGUAAUUUCAAGAACAGCUUUUGGUAGCAACUAUGAAAAAGGGCGAAGGAUUUUUGAACUCCAAAGAGAACAGGCUUUGUAUUUUGAGCAAGUUAUGCAAUCCAUAUACCUUCCAGGGUGGAGUUUUGUGCCAACAAAAAGGAUCAAAAGAAUGCAGAAGGAAGUAAACUCAUUAGUUAUGCAGAAGGUCGGCAGGGUCGCGCGAAGUUUGGCUGGGCGUGCCAGGCGUGCGGACAGAGAAGGCUCGCACACAGGGGCUGCUGCGCAGGGGACAGGUCGGCAGGGGCAGGUCGCGCGCGCGGCUGGAACGAACGGCGCUGGGCUGCGGCCUGAGAAGAAAACCCGCGCGGCGGGCUGGUCUGCGUCGCGCAGAUCUGCUGAUGGGUGGAAAGAGGAAAGUGAAAUAGAGACUAAAACUAGGACAAGGGAAAUCUCAACGGAGGAACUUGGAGGACUUGACAAGGCCAAGCAAAGAAGAAGACGAAGUGGAAAAAGUAGGGUCUGGGUCAAAAAUUUUCUUUGA